AUGAACAAACAAGAAGACUUUGAACUUGCUCCUAUUGACCCCGAAAUUGAACGCACUUUCAGAAAAAGGAGAAAGGCACAAAAGGUUAAAAGCCGCUGCACUAUGGCUGAACAUGUUGACGACGAAGGGGGUGCCCAGAACAUAGUUAAUCCUAUUGUUUUGGCGGAUGAUAGAGCCAGAGCAAUAAGGGAAUACGCUGCCCCCAUGUUUAAUGAGCUCAAUCCAGGCAUUGUGAGGCCCGAAAUACAAGCACCCCAGUUUGAGCUCAAACCGGUCAUGUUUCAAAUGCUCCAAACCGUGGGGCAGUUUAGUGGGAUGCCAACGGAAGAUCCUCAUCUCCAUCUUCGCUCAUUUUUGGAGGUGAGCGAUUUUUUUAAGCUACAAGGAGUAAGUGAAGAGGCAUUGAGGCUGAAGUUAUUCCCGUUCUCUUUAAGGGACCGAGCUAGAUCAUGGCUCAACACCCUUCCUCCCGAUUCGGUUACAAAUUGGAAUGACUUGGCUGAGAAAUUUCUAAGAAAAUACUUCCCUCCCGCCAGAAAUGCAAAGUUUAGAAGUGAAAUCAUGUCGUUUCAGCAGCUGGAAGAUGAGUCCACUAGUGACGCGUGGGAAAGAUUCAAAGAGCUUUUAAGAAAAUGUCCAAACCACAGUAUCCCACAUUGUAUACAAAUGGAGACAUUCUACAAUGGUCUCAAUGCAGCCUCUCGGAUGGUAUUAGACGCUUCAGCCAAUGGAGCCAUUCUUUCCAAGUCUUACAACGAAGCAUUUGAGAUUUUGGAAAGAAUAGCAAGCAAUAACUACCAAUGGUCAAAUACUAGAGCUCCUACAAGCCGAAAAGUAGCGGGUGUUCUUGAAGUAGAUGCUCUAACCGCUUUAACCGCUCAAAUGGCCUCAAUGACCAACAUUUUAAAGAACAUGAGUAUGGGAGGAAAUGUACAGCCAGCUGCUGCCAUUCAAAGUGCAGAAGUAUCAUGUGUGUAUUGUGGGGAUGGGCAUACUUUUGAGAACUGCCCUUCAAAUCCAGCCUCGGUUUGCUAUGUGGGUAAUCAUAAUUUCAACCGCAACAACAACCCAUAUUCAAAUUCUUAUAAUCCAGUGUGGAGGCAACAUCCAAAUCUGUCGUGGGGGGGUCAAGGAGCAAGUUCAAGUGGAGCGCCAGCACAAGGGAAACAGUCAUUUCCGCCAGGUUUUUCUCAACAGUCAAGGGCUCAACAACCUCACCAAUCUCAAGGCUCUCAAUCUAGUUCCUUGGAGAGUUUAAUGAGAGAUUAUAUGGCAAAGAAUGACGCUGUAAUUCAAAGCCAGGCAGCUUCUCUUCAGAAUUUGGAAAUUCAAUUGGGGCAUUUAGCUAAUGACUUGAAAAAUCGACCCCAAGGUUCCUUGCCAAGUGACACCGAAAAUCCAAGGAGGGAUGGCACCGAGCAGUGCAAGGUGGUGACUUUGAGGAGUGGGAAAAAUCUGGAGUUAAAUAAGGAGAAAGAUAAGCGAAAAAACGAGCCCACUUCAAUCCAAAUUGGUGAAGAGAAGAGGGAAAACUCAGCAAGUUCAGCUGCUGAAAUUACCCAGAAUGCUACAACAUCAAUUCAGCAAUCUGCGGUAGAAAAGUGUUUGAGCAAGCCACCUCCACCAUUUCCUCAAAGAUUUCAAAAACAACAACAAGAUGGCCAAUUCCGGAGGUUUUUAGACGUUUUGAAGCACUAG